GGGGUUUGGGUGUGAUGAGGAAGGGGAUUGGGUCUGAUGACCGUAAGGAAUUUGACCUUUGAGCAUGGCAGGGAUUGGCAGCCUGUCUAUACUAGGACUGAGAUUCUGGGCUGCACCUCCAGUAGGCACAGCCCGGGGGUGGUGAAGGGCUAAAGUGUCUGUAAGGGAUUCUGAGCUGCUCCAGAGGCUGAAGAGGCUCCCAGCCCCUAGGGAGUGCCAGACUCUUGUAAGCCCCUAUAAUCCUUCUCCUCUUCAGGCCUGAUUGUCCAAAGGGAGCAGCAGUCGCCUGCCUGGACAGGAAGCCAAAGCAAGAGUGUUGUGGCCCUCCCCUGGGAGCAGGAGCAGGCAGAUGGGAGAACCAGUUGACACUUGCCCAGAGGGGGAAUUGGGACCAUGGGGCUCUUAGGAGAAAUACCAGCAUCGGGGGAGAGAUGUGUGGUGCAUGGGGCAGGGAUUGGGGCUGGGAGUUGCUAUAACUGAGACAUCCCAGCAUUAGGCUGAGCCAAUAAAUGGGGUUUGGGUUAACAGCUCAGGAAGAGGAUGCCCCCAGCUGCCCAGGCGGGAGUGGGACAGCGCCUGGGCCAGGGAGCAGCAGGGAAGGGAGCAAGGAGGGGCUGAGAAUGGGCGGCUCAGGAGGGGCUGGCAGAGAGUAAGGAAAUGGCUUCCACUUCCUUGUUUUUCACUUGGGCGUCGCCACAGAGCCACUGAGAAGGAAACGCAGCACCAAAACCUGAGUGAGUCAGCUGCAGGGUCAGCCUGGAUCUGGUGAGUUGAACUGUUCAUGUGACCUUUGGGCUGGGAGUGUCCAUCCCAGAGACACAUGUGACUGGAGGCUUGGAGCCAGAAGCUGGUGGCCAAGAGAGCCCCUGGGGAUUCUGGAUCCACACCAUGGAAGCAGGUGCUGAGUUGAGGCUGCUGGACAACAUGGCCCAGCUCACCCAGGAACUUGGCAUGGCCUUCUUCCAGAGGCACCAGCAGACAGCGGCCAUGGACACCUUCCUGAAGCAUCUCUGUUUGCUGGACAUCGACUCUGAGCCCAUCACCACCCGCAAUACUGGCAUCAUCUGCACCAUAGGUCCUGCCUCCCGCUGUGUGGAGAUGCUGAGGGAGAUGAUUAAGGCUGGGAUGAACAUCGCACGCCUCAGCUUCUCGCAUGGUUCACAUGAGUAUCAUGCCGGAUCCAUUGAAAAUAUCCGGGAGGCAACUGAGAGCUUCGCCUCCAACCCACUUUUCAACUGCCCUGUGGCCAUCGCCUUGGACACCAAGGGGCCGGAAAUCCGCAUGGGGCUGGUGAAAGUGGGUGAGAACAUGGAGGUGGAGCUAGUGAAGGGUUCCCGGGUGACGGUCACCACUGACGAUGCCUUCAAGGAGUGCUGCGACCAGGCCACCAUCUGGGUGGAUUACAAAAAUCUCCCCAACAUUGUCAAGGUCGGUGGGAAGAUCUUUGUGGAUGAUGGGCUCAUCUCCCUGCUGGUCAAGGAAAUCAGUGCUGACAGCUGCAUAAAAGAGGUGGAAAAUGGGGGGAUGCUGUGCAGCCGCAAGGGGGUCAACCUGCCAGGGGUAGAGGUUGACCUCCCAGCUGUGUCAGAGUGGGACAUCCAUGACCUGCACUUUGGGCUGAAGCAUGGCAUGGACAUAAUCUUUGCCUUCUUCAUCUGCAAAGCUGCAGAUGUAGCCGCCAUCCAGGAUGUGCUGGGUGAACACGGCCGCGCUAUCAAGAUCAUCAGCAAGAUUGAGAACCACGAGGGUGUCAGAAAGGUCGAUGAGAUCCUGGAAGCCAGUGAUGGGAUAAUGGUGGCUCGUGGGGACCUGGGCAUCGAAAUCCCAGCAGAGAAAGUCUUCCUGGCUCAGAAGAUGAUGAUUGGCCGCUGCAACCGUGCCGGGAAGCCUGUGAUAUGUGCUACGCAGAUGCUGUAGAGCAUGAUCAAGAAGUCCCGUCCCACUCGGGCAGAGAGCAGUGACGUAGCCAAUGCUGUGCUGGAUGGAGCUGACUGCAUCAUGUUGUCAGGAGAAACAGCCAAGGGGACCUACCCCGUGGAAGCUGUGCGCAUGCAGCCUGCGAUUGCCAGGGAGGCUGAGGCCACCAUCUAUAACCAGCAGCUGUUUGAGGAGUUGCGUAAGGUGACCCAUCUGAGCCAGGACCCCACUGAGGUGACAGCCAUUGGUGUGGAGGCGUCCUUCAAGUGCUGCGCUGUGGCCAUUAUUGUGCUGACCACUUCGGGCAGGUCUGCACAGCUGCUCUCCCGCUACCAGCCUCGUGCCCUUAUCAUUGCCGUGACACGGAAUGAGCAGGUGGCACGCCAGGCACACCUGUGCUGGGGCGUCUUCCCUGUUCUUUAUCGGGGGGCACAGCAGAAGGUGUGGGCAGAUGAUGUGGAUCGCAGAGUGCAAUUCAGCAUAGAGAUGGGGAGAGUGCGUGGAUUCCUGCGCUCCAAUGAUGUCGUGAUUAUCGUGACAGGCUGGAGACCUGGCACCGGCUACACCAACAUCAUGCAGGUGGUGAAGGUGCCGUGA